CGCAGUUAUUCCGCAAAAAUCAUUACAGUCACACGUUAAAAUCUUUUAUAAGCAGUGAAUCUUUUUCUCUUAAGAAAAAUAAAGCAAUUGCAACGAAAGAAGUUAAAAUUAACACAAUUAUAAUGUGGUCUCGAUCGAGUUUAGUCAUCGGAUGUUUACUUAUCAGUAUAAUUAACACUUCUGCAUAUCCUCAGCGGAGAAGUGGCGAGAGCCCAGGUAAACCGGGAGAGAAGAGUCUGAGAUCAUUAGACCAGGUGACAUAUCCAGAUGGCAUAAGAGUGAGAAACAGUCUCAGAGACAGUUAUGGAAAUCCCGUAACGUAUGACACUCUUGAGGCGAUUGAUGCGAAGCUUCCAAGUAAGACUUCCACUGAUCCAAAUAUGUUCAUUAUUCCCGGUUAUGCUUCAGGUAUUCUAGCACCCCAUGAAGUACCAACACGCAGCAGUUUCAACGGUGAUUUCUCUGCAAAAGCAAGCGAUGAUCGAAUACAUUUCGUCGAUCCACUUCAUAACACAUUUCAAAACAAUGAUAAACCAUCUCAAACAACUUCAACAACAAACACUUUCAAUCAAACACCAAUAAACAUUCCAAAACCAAACAUAAAUUUACCUGAAACACCGCAAGUUCCCAUUGACGAUCCAUUGAAUCAUGUGUUGACACCACCAAAAAGCAACAAUCCAAGUUCACCUUCUGCUUCACUUCAAGUGCCAACUGGAAAUUAUCAGACAGUUACAGUCUCUAAAAAUUUAGUUCCACCAGCAAAUCCGAGUAAUGGUGUAAGUGUUUUCAUUCCACGACCCAAUCUUGACAUUCCAGAAACUCCAAUUGAUAAAAGUGAUUCACCAUUGAACCAAGGAUUGCUUCCACCAACUGACAGUGCAGUUGUUAAGCAAAACACUCCAACAUUUAAGAAUCCUACACAAGACGGACCUCUCGUCAUCACAGAAGUUCAUUUCGCUCCGAAACCAUCAAAUGGACUUCUUCCACCAAAGGAUCCAUCACCAAACGAUAUAAAUUUCCAACCACAACAAAUCCCCACAACGACAGCUGCCACUGUCAAUAAAUUCAGUUUUGGAACUUCAAUUAUUAAACAAGAUAAAACUCAAAACAAAUAUACAGGAAGCUUUGGUGGUGCGCCUGGAAUUCUUGGUAAUUUAGUUCCACCAACACAACGAACACAAAUCCCAGUUACAAUUGUUCAAGAUCCACUGACAACAAAUAAACAAUUCCAAGCACCAUCACCUACUCAGAAUACUUUUACGACACAAAAGGAAGUCGGUGUUCAAAAGUAUCAAGGAAACUUCGGAGGACCUCCAGGUGUUUUAGUGAAUGAUAAUUUUGCUGACAGUGCAGGUUCAUCAACCCAAGCACAACCAACAUAUGCUUCACCGACACUUGCAUCACCAACAAUUGAAAAUAAAUACACUGGCGGAUUUGGUGGUGCUUCAACUCAACAAAAACCGGCAUUCUCGCUUCAGCCUCCAACGCCUCAAACCAUCGCUCAACUUCCACUAAGCAUCAACAAUAAUAACUAUGCGUCAUCAAAAGAAAAAGUUAUUGAAAAAUAUACCGGAACAUUUGGAGGGUCACCUGGUGUUUUACAAGCUUACGAUAAUUUGAGAAAUUAAUAAUUUAUAAAGCUAAAUAAUGUUGGUGAAAUAUCUAUGUGAUAAGGACUUUUAAAAACAUACAACGAAAUUAAAUUUCUUGCCAUAUUCGAAGAAAAUGAAUAAAACUUUUAUAGAAAAUUGAGAA